AUGUAUUUCAUAUAGUGUUUUAACCUCCUUAGCGGUUUUCCCGAGUGUAGCUCGGGGUAAAAUUUGAGUACCAAGAGCGGUAACCCCGAGCUACACUCGGGCUUACCAUGCGGCGUUGCUCAGGGGGUCCCUGCAGCACUUACCUUGUCCUUCACUCCCGCGAUGUGUCCCCUGCAGCGUCCCCGGCCAUCUCCUCCGGCUGAUUCCGGCAUCCGGCUUCCGUGUUCCAGUCCCUGUGACGUCGGGACGGCGGGGAAUUUGAAAUUUUUUAAAAAUGACAUUUUUACUAAAACAAAUUUUAAAUAC